CUUGAGAUCCCGGUACCCGUGGCCACUAGCAGUAACGCGACGACGCAUCAACAACGACCCUGGAGGAGCUGGGUGGCUCGAGUGCACGUAAUCGCGAAUGAAAGCCCGCAAGUCCCAGCCAGAGAUGCACCUGGACGAAGAAUUGCGGCACGCGCUGGCGAGGGUCGCCGAGCGAGAGGCGGCCAACGUCUGCUGGAACGGGCAGAGUAGCGAGUGGGAGCAGACGUACCCGGGAGCCUGGGGGAACGCCGGCGAGCAGUCAAGCCACAGGCUACCCUCCGUCGGCACUGCCUUUUCCUUCUCGCGAAGUUUUGCCGCGCCGGCUGGACAUCAGCCGGAAUCCGGCUGCCAGCCCUACCUCUACCAGGAGGCCUUCUCCGGCCAGUGUCACGACGAGGCGGCUCUUCUCUGCUUCCCCUCGAUGCUCCAGCAAUCGCAGUUGGAUAUCGAGGAGUCGCUCCAGGCCGUCGAUGAUUUCGAUCUGAGCCUCAUCAGAGGUGACCCGACGACUCUGUCAACCGUCGAGCUAUCCCAGCAGAUGCCACAGCAGUCCUCCUCGGACUACGUUCUCCAGGACAUGCCGCAUCUGGACAGCGACUCGACUUACGCGGUCGGGCACCUGGUGUCCGCCCAGCCGAGUAACCACGUAGCCGAGGUCUUUGGUCGUGGUAUCCUCGAUGAGAUUAAGAGCGAGCACAGCACCCACGGCGCCGAGAAUCAAAUCGUUCUACCGCGGGACGAGGGACUGAUGUUUACGGCGACCGAACACCCGAGGCUCUUCGCGCCCCACAACGUACCCGAAAGGGAGAGCCACGAAGAGUCUUACGGAAGCGCUCAGUCGGACGACGGCUCGCCAAUCUCCUACCCCUGCCUCUGGCUCGACUGCGGUUGCGCCUUCACCGAACAAGUCGCCCUCGUCCAGCAUAUCGAGAGGCGACACGUCGAGUCGUCCUCAUCCUCGAGCCUCCACGGCACCGGUCGCAGACUCCACAGGGACAAGGACAAGGAGAAGGAGGCCAGGCCCAAGGAGUUUGGACCCGCGCAGGACGAUUUUCAGUUUGCCUGCUUGUGGCAGGGUUGCUCUCGGGACCGGCCCUUCAACGCCCGCUACAAGCUCCUCAUACACAUGCGCGUGCACAGCGGCGAGAAACCCAACAAGUGUCCCUUCGCCGGCUGCAAGAAGGCCUUCUCCAGACUGGAGAACCUCAAGAUUCACCAGAGAUCGCACACCGGUGAGCGGCCGUACGCCUGCCAGCAUCGCGGAUGCACCAAGGCCUUCAGCAACAGCAGCGAUCGCGCCAAGCACCAAAGAACCCAUUACGAUACGAAACCGUACGCGUGCCAAGUGGUUGGCUGCGGGAAGCGCUAUACCGAUCCCUCAUCUCUGAGGAAGCACGCGAAGAAUCACACGGAGCCCGCGGCUGGCUUCCACACGGCGGAUAAUCGGCUCAACGGCGGCCUGCCACCCUUCAGGACGUCGGCCAACCGCAGGAAUUCGAGCUCCUCGAGCAUCUCCUCGAUUGCCAACGGCGGCUAUCAGCAACAAACGACGCAGGGUAGUGGGAGGAACCCCUCGAUCUCCUCCGACUACGGCUCCCAAAAAGACGCCCACGACAUCUACGACGAGAUCGACCUCAAGCCCUAUCCAGCGACCGUCUCACCUCAGGUCGAUCAUGUGCCCAACAACAUGGACGACGGCCACGAGUACAUACCCUACGAGUCCGUAGCGCGAUUCCUCAUCGACGACAGGAGUCAAUUCGGACUCGAGAGUAUGGGAUACGGCGCCGAGGAGGACAUUGGCGAUCUGCAAGAUUUGGGCUCCGACAUUGAGCAGCAGUUCUUGGAGCUGAGCAGCCUCGAGGAUUCGGUUUUCAUGGGGGAAUAGUAGCUUCGGUUGCGAUCGGCGAGAGCGUGAUUAUUAAAGUCGAGAUAUCGAGCCAAGUCGAGCCAAGUCGAGCCAAGUCCGGGGUACGGGAGAUUUGAGCAAGAAGGGAUCGAUCGUUGCAACAAGCACUACGUACGUUGCAAUGGAUAAAACGAAUAUCGGACUAUUCAAGGCGGAUUACCAAGUGACAGAGCGGUUAUCCUUGGCUCGGUUAAAACCGGACUUGGAGAGGAAAAUAACUACUAAGCCAGUGAUUAAGCAAGAAUCCGAUAACUUUACCGCGCGUUGACGGUAUUUUUGUGAAACGGUCUUUUCCCCGUAAAAGAAAAA